AUGAGUUACCACGUAGAUGGUCCUGGUGUUGCUACUUACAUCUUCUCGUGUAGCCAAGAGAAAAUAAGUAACAACAAAGGCAUUCUUCAGACACAUGUAAAUGUGACAUUUUUCGCUUCUAGAAGAAACCCAGAGAUCCUUGGCUUCACUAGUAACACUCCAUCUACGGUGUACAAGGCAGGCAUCAAUUCCGGGCCUGAACCGGGGAUCUCACCUGAUUGUUCCCGACACCCGGGAAAUGGCCAGCCACAGCAACUUAUUCUGCCGACGAUGGGGCCUAUGUUACUUGCUGAUUCCACUAGUGUCUGCUGUGACACCCUCCAAUGGGACGCAGGGGGGAAGAUGAAAGUUGAUGUGUUAUCUAGGCACUUUUUCAUCAACUCCUUGCAGGUGGCGCUGAACGCGGUCGCUCCGAUGUGUGAAAUGCGUGCACUUCGACAACGACUGAAAAGAAAACAGGUGUUGGUCUUUCUCAAAAGGGACAUGCGGCAGACACUGAGCGCAACUAAUCUUUCAGACAGAUCAAACGUUCAGAAACGAAAUCAUGACAACCGCGAGAUUUAUGGUCUGCAUUCUUCUGUUGGGGCCAUAUACAAUAUCUCAAGCCGCCACCAUCAGCGGCUUGUACGCCACUUAGAUCCUGCAACCAACGUUGGCAAGCCACAACGGCAAGGCGUCCACGUAUUGAGAACCCCGUACAUGCUAGCGUGGGACAAGCAGAGUGUGAUUGGGCAUUUGUGCACCCGAGGAGAAGAGGGUCAAGGACCAGCAGUUCACAUGGCAUUCAGACGUCAGGAGUGGGAACAGCCAAUAUGGUUCUGUGAUACUUGCAUGGAAGCCAUGUCUACAAUGCGGGAUCGGCCCUAUGUCCCUGGCCAAGAGUUACAGGCGCAGGAGAGUUUCCACAUCCGAAGUCUGGGCGUGGCAGCCAAGAACAGUCUGGAUCUGGCGGGCGAGGGGAUGGAACCAACGGGAGAAAACGGUCUGAAGAAGUCCAAAUCUGAUGCGGAGGGAAAAGUUGGGAAAAGUCUGUCAAGGGUCGCUAAGCCGGGUCGAUUGAUUCGAAACAAGUGGUUUGGCAGUGAGACUGGCCGAGUCGGUAUGUUUAGGAUUAACGAUGGGAUCGACCAGCUGGACACGAAGCAGAAACACCACCCAAGCCGGGUAUACGGCUUUUCCAAGCAGGAGCAUGCCAGAUGGAUAGAUACCCGGCGGGGCUGGGCUGGGCUGGGCGCCACUCGUCGGGGAAGAUAUGAAGAGGGAGAAAAGAAGGGCCAAGCUGCGUUUCCGAGGUUCAGAGGCAGCCCUGGUCAUCGAGAUAAUUCAUUGUAUGUUUGGUCAUGA